CCUCGCUCAUGGCGGCGGCGGCGGUGGCGGUGCUGGUGGCUCUCAGCGGCCGGAGCCGGAUUCUGUAACCCGGGUGUGGGCCCGCGUCAGUCCGUCCCUCCUUCGGCCCCCUCUCUCGUCUUCCGGAGUGUGGUUGGCGGAGCCGGGAUGGCGGAGCGAGGCCGGGAGCCCUCGCCGGCGGCAGUGGCUGCGCUGCCUCCCGAAGUGCGGGCGCAGCUGGCGGAACUGGAGCUGGAGCUCUCAGAGGGGGACAUCACACAGAAGGGAUAUGAAAAGAAGAGGUCCAAACUCCUGUCUCCUUACAGCCCACAGACACAAGAAACUGAUUCAGCAGGACAGAAGGAACAUAGAAACCAGACUCCUGCUCCAGCUGCAACUCAAACUUCCGCUCCCUCUAAGUACCACCGAUCUAGGUCUGGAGGAGCCAGGGAUGAGCGAUACCGAUCAGAUAUCCACACAGAAGCAGUUCAAGCUGCACUGGCAAAACAUAAGGAACAAAAAAUGGCUUUGCCCAUGCCCACCAAAAGACGGUCCACAUUUGUCCAGUCUCCUGCAGAUGCUUGUACGCCUCCUGACACGUCUUCGGCCUCUGAGGAUGAGGGCUCUCUGAGACGCCAAGCUGCGCUCUCUGCUGCCUUGCAACAGAGCUUACAGAAUGCUGAGUCCUGGAUCAACCGUUCAAUUCAGGGAUCGUCCACUUCUUCAUCCGCAUCUUCUACGCUGUCCCAUGGAGAGGUCAAAGGAACCAGUGGGUCUCUAGCUGAUGUAUUUGCCAAUACCCGAAUAGAGAAUUUCUCUGCGCCCCCAGAUGUCACUACAACUACCUCUUCUUCCUCAUCAUCAUCCUCAGUACGCCCAGCAAAUAUUGAUCUGCCCCCCUCGGGGAUAGUAAAAGGCAUGCACAAAGGAUCCAACAGGUCCAGCCUUAUGGAUACAGCUGAUGGUGUCCCUGUCAAUAGCAGAGUAUCCACAAAAAUCCAGCAGCUUCUUAACACUCUGAAACGACCCAAAAGGCCUCCUUUGAAGGAAUUUUUUGUAGAUGACUCUGAAGAAAUUGUGGAAGGUAUACCUCAGCCAGACCCCAACCAGCCCAAGCCUGAGGGGCGGCAGAUGAUGCCUGUGAAGGGAGAACCCCUAGGAGUCAUCUGUAACUGGCCACCUGCGCUGGAAUCUGCCCUGCAGCGAUGGGGUUCCACCCAAGCCAAGUGCCCCUGUCUGACUGCACUUGAUGUGACAGGGAAACCAGUUUACACACUUACAUAUGGAAAGUUGUGGAGCAGAAGUUUGAAGUUGGCCUACACACUGCUUAAUAAACUGGGUACCAAAAAUGAACCUGUGUUAAAACCUGGAGACAGGGUAGCCCUGGUUUACCCCAAUAAUGAUCCAGUCAUGUUUAUGGUAGCUUUUUAUGGAUGUCUCCUGGCAGAAGUGAUUCCAGUGCCAAUAGAGGUACCUCUUACCAGAAAGGAUGCCGGAGGUCAGCAGAUUGGCUUCUUGCUAGGAAGCUGUGGUAUUGCCUUAGCUCUAACCAGUGAAGUUUGCCUAAAGGGUCUGCCAAAAACACAGAAUGGAGAAAUUGUACAGUUUAAAGGUUGGCCCCGGCUCAAGUGGGUUGUAACAGACUCCAAGUACCUUUCAAAGCCACCUAAAGACUGGCAGCCCCACAUCUCUCCUGCUGGUACAGAACCUGCAUACAUUGAGUAUAAAACAAGCAAAGAAGGGAGUGUAAUGGGAGUUACAGUGUCCCGGCUUACAAUGUUGUCUCACUGCCAAGCUCUGUCACAGGCCUGCAAUUAUUCUGAAGGAGAAACAGUCGUUAAUGUUUUAGACUUCAAGAAGGAUGCUGGGCUGUGGCAUGGCAUGUUUGCGAAUGUAAUGAAUAAGAUGCAUACAAUUAGUGUACCCUACUCUGUUAUGAAGACCUGUCCUCUGUCUUGGGUCCAGAGAGUCCAUGCCCACAAAGCCAAAGUAGCUUUAGUAAAAUGUCGAGACUUGCACUGGGCUAUGAUGGCACAUCGGGACCAAAGGGAUGUAAGCCUGAGUUCUCUCCGAAUGUUAAUUGUAACUGAUGGAGCUAAUCCCUGGUCUGUGUCAUCCUGUGAUGCCUUUCUGAGUCUGUUCCAAAGCCAUGGACUGAAACCUGAGGCCAUCUGUCCAUGUGCUACAUCUGCCGAAGCCAUGACUGUAGCAAUCCGAAGGCCUGGAGUUCCAGGAGCUCCUUUGCCAGGAAGAGCCAUUCUCUCAAUGAAUGGGUUGAGCUAUGGGGUAAUACGGGUCAAUACUGAAGAUAAAAAUUCAGCACUGACAGUCCAGGAUGUGGGGCAUGUAAUGCCUGGCGGGAUGAUGUGCAUUGUGAAGCCAGAUGGACCUCCCCAGCUGUGCAAAACAGAUGAAAUUGGAGAAAUCUGUGUUAGCUCAAGAACUGGAGGCAUGAUGUACUUUGGCCUUGCUGGUGUGACCAAAAAUACAUUUGAGGUGAUUCCAGUGAAUUCUGCAGGCUCUCCUGUUGGAGAUGUACCAUUCAUCCGGUCAGGAUUGCUAGGAUUUGUAGGGCCAGGUAGCUUGGUGUUUGUGGUUGGAAAAAUGGACGGAUUACUGAUGGUUAGUGGUCGAAGACAUAAUGCUGAUGACAUUGUUGCUACUGGAUUGGCUGUUGAGUCCAUAAAGACUGUUUAUAGAGGAAGAAUUGCUGUGUUUUCUGUGUCUGUAUUUUAUGACGAGCGCAUUGUGGUGGUUGCGGAACAAAGACCCGAUGCCUCUGAAGAAGACAGCUUCCAGUGGAUGAGCCGGGUGCUGCAGGCAAUUGAUAGCAUUCAUCAAGUGGGAGUUUAUUGUCUUGCUCUGGUGCCUGCCAAUACAUUGCCAAAAACUCCACUAGGAGGGAUUCAUAUAUCUCAGACGAAACAGCUUUUUCUGGAAGGAUCUUUACAUCCUUGCAAUAUCCUCAUGUGCCCACACACCUGUGUGACGAAUUUGCCAAAACCUCGGCAAAAGCAACCAGGUGUAGGCCCUGCUUCCGUGAUGGUUGGGAAUCUGGUUGCUGGAAAACGCAUAGCACAAGCUGCAGGAAGGGAUCUGGGGCAAAUUGAAGAGAAUGAUUUAGUGAGGAAGCACCAGUUUCUGGCAGAGAUUUUGCAGUGGCGAGCCCAGGCAACUCCUGAUCAUAUACUCUUCAUGCUGCUAAAUGCCAAGGGAACUACUGUAUGCACAGCCAGCUGCCUUCAGCUUCAUAAGCGAGCAGAGAGGAUUGCAUCAGUUCUUGGUGACAAAGGACAUCUAAAUGCAGGAGAGAACGUUGUGUUGCUCUACCCACCUGGCAUCGAGUUAAUUGCUGCAUUCUAUGGGUGCCUGUAUGCAGGGUGUAUACCUGUGACUGUCCGACCCCCUCAUGCUCAGAACCUUACUGCAACAUUGCCCACUGUUCGCAUGAUUGUUGAUGUCAGCAAAGCAGCAUGUAUUCUCACCACUCAAACCCUAAUGAGGUUACUAAGGUCCCGAGAAGCAGCAGCAGCUGUGGAUGUGAAAACCUGGCCAGCCAUCAUUGACACAGAUGAUUUACCCAGGAAAAGGUUACCUCAGCUGUAUAAACCACCUACACCUGAGAUGUUGGCAUAUCUUGAUUUUAGUGUCUCCACAACUGGCAUGCUUACAGGAGUGAAGAUGUCCCACUCUGCAGUUAAUGCUCUUUGUAGAGCCAUCAAGCUCCAGUGUGAGUUGUAUUCUUCUCGGCAGAUCGCCAUCUGCCUUGACCCUUACUGUGGACUUGGCUUUGCACUCUGGUGUCUCUGCAGUGUCUAUUCAGGUCACCAGUCCAUCUUAAUUCCUCCUAUGGAGUUAGAAAAUAACCUUUUCCUCUGGCUCACCACUGUCAACCAGUACAAAAUAAGGGACACUUUCUGCUCCUACUCAGUAAUGGAGCUUUGCACUAAAGGAUUGGGAAACCAAGUGGAGGUGCUAAAGACAAGGGGGAUUAACCUCUCCUGCAUCCGGACCUGUGUGGUGGUGGCAGAGGAGCGGCCCCGCAUUGCCCUCCAGCAGUCCUUCUCCAAGCUCUUUAAAGACAUUGGUCUGUCCCCUCGAGCCGUCAGUACCACUUUUGGAUCAAGAGUCAACGUAGCAAUAUGUUUACAGGGAACCUCAGGGCCUGAUCCAACUACUGUAUAUGUAGAUCUGAAAUCAUUAAGACAUGACAGGGUUCGUCUUGUGGAACGGGGUGCUCCCCAGAGUCUGCUGCUCUCAGAGUCUGGAAAGAUUUUACCUGGAGUGAAAGUGGUUAUUGUUAAUCCUGAGACCAAAGGGCCUGUUGGAGACUCUCACCUGGGUGAGAUCUGGGUGAAUAGUCCCCAUACAGCCAGUGGCUACUACACCAUCUAUGAUAGUGAGACUCUUCAAGCUGAUCAUUUCAACACUCGCCUCAGCUUUGGGGAUGCUGCUCAGACACUCUGGGCUCGGACAGGAUACCUUGGGUUUGUCCGCAGAACUGAGCUCACAGCAGCCACUGGAGAGCGUCAUGAUGCAUUAUAUGUGGUGGGAGCUUUGGAUGAAACACUGGAGCUGCGAGGAUUACGAUACCACCCAAUUGAUAUUGAGACCUCAGUGUCUCGAGUCCACAGGAGCAUUGCUGAAUGUGCUGUGUUCACGUGGACCAACUUGCUUGUGGUGGUUGUGGAACUGUGCGGCUCUGAACAGGAAGCUCUAGAUCUGGUUCCUUUAGUGACCAAUGUGGUCCUAGAAGAGCAUUACCUCAUCGUUGGUGUUGUUGUUGUGGUGGACCCAGGUGUCAUCCCAAUCAACUCCAGAGGAGAGAAGCAGAGGAUGCACCUCCGUGACAGCUUCCUGGCUGACCAGUUAGACCCCAUCUAUGUGGCUUACAACAUGUAGCUAUCCUUGUAGGGGCUGUCAAGGCCAUCCCAAGAAUCAGACUGAAGACCCAUGGCUAGGAGCUGGUUUCCAAAUGAUGUGAAAUAAGCUGAGAUGCCUGCAUUAUAUCCUUCAUCUCAUCCUGUGGAAUUCUGCAAUCAUACAAUACACAGGAAAGGGGAUUCUGUGGUGGCAAAUGAAAAAAAUGUUAACAGUCUAUUAGACCUUAGCUUUGACCAGUGUGAGCAACACGUAACUAAAGCAAUUAUUUGCAUGUUGCAUUUUUUUCAUCUGUUGUACAUAUUUUCGUAUUUUUACCUAAUGCCAUUUUAGAAUUUUUUUUAAGGGAGUUUAAUGAAUUCACAUGAAGGGGUAGUCUGAAUUAUACAGCUACCCGCUCUGUACUGUAUUUUGCUAUUUUCCCUUAGCUAGAUAUUUUGUGGGUUUUGUUAACAUAAAAUUACUCAGCUUAUUUUCAGUCAGCUCAUAAGCAAAUCAGUUAACCCACAGAAUAUGAGAAUUACUUAUAUAUAUAUAUAUACAUAUAUAUGUAAUUCUUCACUGUAAAACAUUUUGAUCAGUGUUUUAAACAUGUAAAUAAGAAUACAUAUAAUUUAGCUGAACAAUUGAAAAAUUGACACAUAUAAUUACAGCGACCAAAGUAGAAACAUUUCUACUUUGAGAGAAUUCCAAUAUUCUCUUGAUGUAGUGAUAUUGAUUAGGUGACUAAAAAGUGCAAAUUGCAAGUUUUGCUGCACAUUGUUCUGUCUUUGUUGGCUGGUAUAUUUUAUAAACUAAAUCUACCUAUGUUUGUUUUUAAAGCUUGCAUUCCCAAUGUCAGCUUAAGCUUCUAAGGAUUCAGUCUGUAUGAGCUGAAAAUCUCCAUUUAAAUCGAAAUUUAAGAAAAAGCAAAAAUAUAUCAGAUCCUACCUAUUCAAAGGAACCACAAUAAUUGAUUCUGGCCCUGGUGUUGGAACUAUCUUUCACAUUGAGUGACUACAGAAUUUAGAAUAUCCUCUUUUUCCAGGCCCUUUAAUCUGCCUACAGUUCAUACAUAGAGCUUUUGCUUUCUGAAAAUUGAGGAGUGCUCUCUGUCCUUUCAGUUCAUAAGGGAAAAGCAUUUAAAACCAAGAAUAAUAGACUGGGAGGGCAGUAGGAUCAGUGAUCACAUGGAACUGUGAGGCCACAUUACUGCACAUCUCAAAACUGACCAGAUUGCUUUGCCAGAAUAGCCAGGCUUAUGUUGAAAUAGGGGAAGUCUGAUGUAUGCAAGAAACUCUUAUGAAAUAACUGUUGUCCAGGCCAAGCAGACUGAGUGUGAAACUGAGUUUGGCCUCUAGCUCAGUUUCCUUACUUUGGUCUGAUACUUCAUGUAUUUGAAUAUAGUUAAAUUUUAUUAUUUUUUUCUUACAGAAAUAUUUUUUAAAAUUAACCUCAAAAGUGAAAAGAAUUAACUUGUUAAAUCAGAACGGUUCUCUUUGAACCAUUCUGGUCUAUUAUGUAAAUAUUUAUUUAGACUAUUUUAAUAAUACAUAUUAUUUACCCCACUGUAACAUCAUGUAAACUAAAUGUGUUUUUAAACAAUUUGUAAGACUUGUAAUUACCCUGAAAAUAAGGUUUAUAAAGCAAAGACCAGACCCUUCACUAGGGCAGCACUCCCAGGCCGCCUUUACGUCUCAUGACUCAAAGCCAUUUUAUGACUGACUCCCGUUUACAUAGUUAUUUUUCUCCCAGCUCAUUCUCCAUAGAGGGAAGACCUCGAGAUACUUUCCAGUUCAGAUCUCUUUUUCAGUGUUUCAGAGGGAAUUAAUUUACAUGGGGGAGGUUCUAGCAUGUACAGAAAAGAAGCAUUUCCACUGGGGCAAAUGCAAAAUCCCAGCGUCUAGCAAUGGUUUGGUUUGCAGAGAAAAUUACCUGCUUAUUUGAAAUGUAACAUUCUUUAAAACAAUUUUUAAUGACUAACAAAAGCAGGGGAGGCUGAGUAUUAAUUAGUUCUAUUCUCCAUAAUCUCUCAAUUGUAAGAAGCUAUAAGCAGUCUCUUUCCUACGGGUUGGUUGAUUAUUCUUAGAAACACGAAUAGGGUAUCAGCAUCUAGCCACACUGUCAACUAUAAAUGUAUUGUGAGCCACAUCUGUAAUUUAUGAUUUUCUAGUAACCAUAUUUUAAAAAAUAAAUAGGUGAUAUUGAUUUUAACAUAUUUAACCCAACAUAUCAAAAAUACUUUUUGAAUGUGAAACAGUAUAAAAAUUAUUAGAUGUUUUACUUUUUUCAUACUAAGUAUUUAAAAUCCAGUGUGUAUUAAACACAUCUUGAUUUGGACUAGUCAUAUUUCAGUGCUUCAGUAGCCGAACGUUAGGCUAGUGGCUACUGUAUUGGGCAGCAUAGACCUAUAUUCAUUCCUGCAAGUUCAGUAUUCCAUUCAUCUCAGAGUAUGGCCAACUCCCAUUCAUUUCAGGCUGAUAAUCUAGUUUUAUCAGUCCUCAAGCCUCCAUUUGUCUUUAUUUCUUUUCCUUGCUGAUGUGUAGCUGCUUUACUAAUUUCUUGCAUAUCCCCCAGAGUGGACUGUGCUAGUGGAAGAAAGAAAACUGAGAGCUGUCCUUGGGGAACCUCAUGACUAACUCUGGGAAAGUGUUCCUAGGAUGAAAAAAGAGUCCAAUCUUAGCCUCCAUGGUGUUUGUGGAGUCAUCUGCAGAUUUAAGGUCUAUCUUAAGGUUUAUUGCAGACUUGAGUUUAAUUUUUUUUUUUUCUUGAUAACACAGUGCUCUUUUUCUUUCCACAGUAAGUGGAACUUUUGUGGUAGAACUGACUCUUAAAGCAGGCCUAAAAGGCCAUUACUGAUAAAAUAAACAACAACCCCCAACCUUCCCACAGCCUUUCCAGUCCUCAGAAACACUUUCUGUCUGGGUUUUUAUGCUGUGGGGGUGGAGGCAACACUUAGCAGUAUACCCUCAUCUUAAGAGAAAUCUUCUGGUUUUAAAGUUUCAGAACCUCUUCCUGGUUCUCAGCAGAAGCAACUGAAAAGUUCUUAGAACUAGUGAUACAAGCUAUCUUGUGCAUCAGUGAGACCCUGGAAUGCCCAUCUCGCUAAUUGACAUCAGUGAACCCAUAUAGUCUUUAAUUCUUGCUGCACAAGGGCCCAGUUCUUCCCAGUACACAGCUCUCUUUUCUCCUGCAGUUGUGUUGCCUGGGGCUGUUUAGGGACCAUUGCCUCAGUUGGUCUGGUGUGUCUCCUUUAGUCCCUGGGACAGUGUUGGCUUAAUGCUUUCCUUGAAUCAACAAAGGGCCUGAGGCCUUACAUUUGUGUUAAGGUCUCUCCCCAGGCACGGUGCUCAAUAUCUUGGCCAAAUAAAUUACUUUUCUUGAAUAUCCAGGAAUCCUUCAGACUAAAGCAAGAGGAGUUAUCACCUCACCCUCAAAACUCCAACAUGAUCUAUGCCUUAGUGUUAUUUUUGUUGUCUGCUUUGAUGUAAAAUCAGGAGUGUUUGGAGCAAGAAGCUGCAGUACUCCAAAUACACAAUAGGCCUUUUCUUUACCAUUCAUACCUUUCUGGUUUAGGUAUAUAUAUAGAUGGGCCAUGUUAUUUGUCCAGAGAAAGAGAUUGUAAAAAUAUAAGAAUAAUUUUUUAGUCCUAAAUGCUGUUCUGUUUACCUUCUGUCAAUAUAUUUACCUGUGUCAAAUUCAAACUAUAGUACUGUGUAAUUAUGUAUAAAUUUUUUUUUAUUUAUUUGAAAUUAGACUAGAUAUACAUUUUUAAAAUUUAACAUCUGGCUGGACAGUGUUCUAUUAACUCAUCAAAUGUGUUUUCCUUUGUCUUGUGUUAAUAAAUAUUGAUGCCUGA